AUGGAGACGCCUUCAUCAAGUGAUAGCUUCGAGAAGAAUGGCGACUUGGAGAAGGGUGGUGUUAUGAAGGAUACAUCUUUGACCAACGAUGUAGUCCAGAACUACGCGUGGCGGAAGAUCAAUGUCCAAGUCAAGGAUCGCGCGACUGGCGACCCCUUGUCGAUUCUCUCGGACACCAACGGCAUCGUUCACGCUGGUGAAAUGAUUGCAAUCAUGGGACCUAGUGGAUCAGGCAAAACUACUCUCUUGAAUGCCGUCGCCCAUCGUGUGGCUGCGGCCGGGGCAACAACGACUGGUGAUCUCUUGGCCAAUGGCCAAGUAGCAAAUCUACAAAAGAUCCGCGACUUGUCGAGUUAUGUUGAGCAGGACGAUGCCCUCAUCGGUAGUCUGACCGUCCGAGAAACAGUCGGAUUUGCUGCUGGUUUGUCCUUGCCUAGCUCGGUUUCCAAAUCCGAGAGACAAAGAAGAGUCGAUAGCUUGAUUGCAAGCUUUGGACUACAAGAUCAGGCGCAUACGAUAGUGGGAACACCGAUCAAGAAAGGCCUUAGUGGUGGGCAGAAGAAGAGACUUGGAGUUUGCAGUCGACUAGUCACGGACCCCAAGAUUCUCUUCCUUGACGAACCAACUAGCGGUUUGGACUCGACGCUCAGCUUCGAGGUAAUGAAUUAUAUCAAGAAGAUUGGCCGAGAAAACAAUCUUGUUAUUAUUGCUUCAAUCCAUCAACCCUCAACGGCAACCUUUAUGCUAUUCGACAAGUUGUUCCUUUUGUCUCGCGGCAAGACUUGCUACUUCGGCCCAGUCUCAAAUGCACCGGAUUACUUCGGCAGGAUUGGGUACCCAAUGCCCUCGGCGGUUAACCCGGCCGAGUUCUUCUUAGACUUGAUCAACACGGACCUGGUAAAGGAAGGAGACGAUGUCGUUGCUCGCACCAAGGACAUCACUCAAAAAUGGCUAGUGUCUAAAGAAGCGGCCUCGAUCAACCAAGAAAUCGAAGAUAUCAUCGCGAAGGCGAAGCAACCAGGAACCUCUGUUCCCCAGCUGACAGAUAUCCAUGUUCAGAAACCUCGCAGCUGGGCAAUCCCAUUGGUACUUCUUCAACGUGCCUGGAUCAAAUCCUAUCGUGAUAUCGUUGCGUACGGCAUUCGAAUCAUAAUGUAUCUGGGCUUGGCUAUUCUGAUGGGCACUGUUUUCCUCCGCUUCAGUCCCACUCAGGAAUAUAUCCAGCCUUAUAUCAAUGCCAUGUUUUUCAGCUCUGCUUUCAUGUCCUUCAUGGCGGUAGCAUAUGUUCCUGCCUACUUGGAGGACCAGGCAACCUUCUACAAGGAACGAGCAAAUGGCAUUGUCGGUCCCUUGGCCUUCAUGAUAUCCAAUUUCAUCAUCGGCUUGCCAUUCCUUUUUAUCAUCGCCUUUUUGUUCGCGGUGGUAGAAUACUGGUUGACAGGUUUUCGUGCUAGCGGCACCGGGUUCAUGACCUUCCUCAUGUGGCUCUUCUUUGAUUUGGUGGCUGCCGAGUCCCUAGUUGUGCUGGUCUCGUCUGUGUUCCCUGUGUUUGUCGUCGCUCUCGCAGUUACUGCGUUCGUCAAUGGGUUAUGGAUGUGUGUGAAUGGGUUCUUGGUCCCGAUCACAGUUUUGAACUCCUUCUGGAAGUACGUGUUCCAUUACAUUGACUAUCAGGCAUAUGUCUUCCAAGGCAUGAUGGUCAAUGAGUUCAAGCAUCGAACCUACUCAUGCGGUAAGACUGCGGCUGGCCAGCAUCAGUGUGCAUAUGAGAGUACUCUGAAUUCGGAAGGCAUGAUCGCUGGUGUUGAUGUGUUGAAAAACUACGACAUUAAUGCCAAUAAAAUGGGCGAGUGGGUUGGCAUUAUCAUCUCAAUUAUCAUAGUCUACCGUCUGCUUGGCUACGUCGCAUUAAGGUUCAGGCAGGGAUAA